AUGUGUGAGAUCGUCCGAUCAGAAGACGUCCGGUGCGCUACCUUUAGAGAUCUCUCAUCGUUCACUUCUUCUUCUUCUUCUUCUUCUUCACUACUCUGGUUUCCUCCCUCUUUGUUAACCUGAAAAAGGAUAUUCGUGGCGACGUGGAAUGUGGGGGGCAGGGCUCCACACGGGAGGCUUAACCUGGAGGACUUGCUAAAAGUGGAAGGUCCCUUGGACAUCUAUGUUCUAGGGUAAGACCGAUUUUACUCACGGGUUUCUUCAUGACCUGUCUCUCAUCAAGAAAAUAUUCGAGUUUGAUUCUCCCUCCAGAAGUCGACGUUAAAUUGGGGUCUUAUCUCUGAUUCCACGAAGAAACAAUUAUUAUUCAAUCUAUGCUCAUCUUUACUUCUCUCUCUCUCUCUGUCUCUUCGUCUGUCUCUCUGUCUCUCUCUGUCUCUCUGUCUGUCUCUCUGUCUGUCUCUCUGUCUCUCUCUCUGUCUGCCUGUCUGUCUCUGUCUCUGUCUCUGUCUCUCUCGCCCAGGUUUCAGGAGAUCGUCCCGCUGAACGCCGGGAACGUGCUGGUGGUGGAAGACAACGAACCCGCUGCCCGGUGGCUCUCCCUCAUCGGCCGGGCGCUCAACAGCGCGGCCGACCCGGCCGGUUCCUCUGGCGGCGGCGCGGCGUCGGAGGAGAGGCCCUCUGGCGGCCACCUCUUCUUCCAGAGGCCCUCCCUCAAGCUCCUCAGCAGGAGCUACCGCGCAGACGGCGCGCUUCUCAAGGCCUGCAACUGCCGGAGAGGAGUGAGGGAGCUGGGGGAGCUCAUCGGCAUAGCGGAGGACGACGACGAUGACUCCGGCGGAGACUCGCCGGAGCCACCGUGGCGGCGCCACCAGGCGGCCUACCGCCUCAUCUCAAGCAAGCAGAUGGUCGGCAUCUUCCUCUCCGUCUGGGUCCGGCGGGAGCUCCUCCCAUACGUCGGCCAUCUCCGGUCCGCUACCGUCGGCAGAGGCAUCAUGGGCCGCCUCGGGAACAAGGUCUGUCUGUCUCUUUGUGUCUCUUUAGAUGAGGAUUUUAGAAAAUGAAUUUCCUUUUUUGGAUAAAAGCUGCUCAUAACAAAUGUUUCUUUUUGGGAUUGUGGGUCCUCUCUCUCUCUCUCUCUCUCUGUCUCACUCUAGACGAGGAUAUUGAAAUUUCAAUUUUCCUUUUUGUGGGUAAAAUCUGCUCAUAACAAUCGUUUCUUUGGGGAUUAUGGGUCCUCUCUCUCUCUCUCUCUCUAGAUGAGGACUUUGGAAGAUGAAUUUUCCUUUAGUGGGUAAAUCGUAGCAAUCGUAUGUUUGGAAAUGUGGCCGCUCUCUCUCUCUCUCACCAUCGUCGUCAACCUGGCGCCCAUUAAAGCUCACCCUACUCGCAGGGGUGCAUCGCCAUAAGCAUGUCGGUGCACCAGACGAGCUUCUGCUUCGUCUGCAGCCACCUGGCCUCCGGCGAGAAGGAGGGGGACGAGCUCAGGAGGAACCUGGACGUUGCAGAGAUCCUCAAGAACACCCAGUUCCCCAGAGUCUGCAAGUCCCCUCUGAAAAUGAUUCCCGAGAGAAUCCUUCAACACGAGUACAUCCCUCUCUCUCAUCCUCCAUCUAUAUAUAUCUCUUCUCUGACCAAACCCUUCUCUCUCUCUCUCUCUCUCCUCUUUCUCUCUCUUCCUAGCCGGGUGAUAUGGUUCGGGGAUCUGAACUACCGCGUAGCGCUGAGCUACGCCGAGACGAAGACGCUCUUAGAGGAGAACGACUGGGAUGCUCUUCUCCAGAAGGACCAGGUACUCAAUCAAUCCAUCCAGCCAUCCAUGGAGAGUUUUUUUUCUUUUUCUUUCCAAAAAUAUCAUUUUUUUCUCAAGAACAUUCAUCGUCACUAGGCCAUAAGAAGCUCAUCGUGAUCUCUCUGUUGGUGGUGAUGGUAGCUUGUGAUGGAGAAGGAGGCUGGGAGGGUGUUCAGAGGCUGGAAUGAAGGGAAGAUCCACUUCGCCCCUACCUAUAAGUACACCCACAACUCGGACAGCUAUGCCGGAGAGACCGUCAGCUCCAAGAAGAAGCGAAGAACUCCGGCAUGGUGAACUCCCCUCCACCCCCCCCAUCUGGUCAAACGCUCACAGCACUUCUCUUAAUCUCUGUCUGUGUCUCUCUUGGGAGCAGGUGCGAUCGGAUUCUAUGGCACGGAAAGGGUAUAGAGCAGCUGGCGUACAUCAGGGGGGAGUCGAGGUUCUCCGACCACCGGCCGGUGUGUGGGGUGUUCUUGGCGGAGGUGGAGGAGACAAAGGCCGACGGCGGCCGCUACCAGAGGAGACAGUCCGACGGUGGCGCCGUCGAGGAAUUGGAUGGACGCGUGCCCCAUGGGCAUGGUUUCUACUACCAGAAGAUUCAGUGGAGUUGA